CGACAACAGCCAUGCAAGCAGCGCGCCUCAACCACCAGCACCGAGACGUCCGUCGCGCCCCCUUUGCCAUUGGCGCAUUGCGCCGCUACAUCGCCAACAACCGGGUGCGCAACGCCGCGAUCGAGCUCAACAAAGUCAUCGACACUCCAAACAACGGCUUCCACGACGCCUUGAUUCGUGAAAUCUACGGCAACGGAGGCCAACUGCGCCACUCGAUCCUGUUUAUGAUCCUGCGCCACCCAUUGACCAAGGAGCUGCUCAACCACCCGGUCAUGCGCGAAGUUGAGAACAUCAAGUGGCAGAACUUUGCGUGCUGCAUGUACAUGCAGCAACUCAUGCUCUACCUUUUGCUGCUGACGACGCUGACGCUUUCCGUGACGAUGGACCUCGGCGACGGCGAGUCGCCCAUCUUCCACACACAGCUGCUCGUUUGGCUCAACGUCGGCGUCGCCCUUGUGCUUGGGCUUGUCGCGACCAACUUUUUCCACUACGCGAACCGCAAGCUCUGGGCCGUCAAGACCAUCGGCGUCAACGGUCUUGUGCUCAUUGCGCUCAAUUUGUGCGCUGAUUCGAUCGCUGGCCAUGUCAACUGGACGUGGUUCGUGCGCUGCAACAACGUCGUGCUGACGCCCACGGCGCUCUUCUUCAUCCGCUUCGAGAUCCUCGAGCUCUUCGGCGAAGUCAACGUCGACGCGAACCCGAGCUUUGUGCAGCAGCUCGAGGUCGCGGUCGAGGCCAUCUGCGACUUCUUUCUCAACUUUGUCGGGCGGGCGAGAUCGCACUACUUCGAGUCGUUCUUCAACAAGGUCCAGCUCCCGACCUUCGUCGCGAUCCUUGUCUUUGUCAUCACCGAGACCUUUUACCCCUCCAGCGACGACGUCCGCUUGUACUUUGGCAUCAUCAUCACCUUCGCCUCGUGGGCGCUCGGGAUCCAGUACCUCGAGAUCCACGGCACGGCUGGGUACCUCAUCUCGCUCAUGACGUUCAUGCUCAAGGACGUCGUCAAGUUCAUGGCCUUCUACCUCCCGUUCCAGUGCGCGUAUGCGAUUUCUUACUACCUCUUGUUUGAAGGCCGCGGCGUCGACGCCUACGCAACCAUCGCCCACAGCUUUGUGACCACGUUCCUCGUCAUGCUCGGCCAAAUCGAACUCGAACCGUUCGAGAACCUCCCGGCGCCGGGCCCGUAUGUACUGGGCUACACGCUCCUCCUGACGCACGCGACGCUUGUGAUUGUCAUGCUCCUCAACGUCCUCAUUGCGAUGCUCAACAAGUCGAUGGAAGAAAUCAUGGAGAAGGCCAAGCUCGAGGCGCGUGUAAGCUUCGCCGAGUGCAUCCUCCGCAGUGAGAAGACCAUUGGUCUCCGCCCGAUGCCGGUGGUGCCCGUGGACGAAGUCAUGCCGCUUGUCAACAACCAUAUGCUGCUCGAGAUGGAGGCCGCCGCUGACGACGACGACAUGUCGGACGACGAGCCCGAGAUCGACGACGAGACCCAAAUCGCCGAGCUGCGCGCCAUCGUCCUUGACGAACGUGCCCGCAACGACCGCCUCGAAGCCAUGCUCCGCAGUCUCACGCAGCACUUUGAUAUCGUCGUGCAGUAAACAUUGUUAAUCCCAUAUCUUUU